CCCUACUAUAUAUAUAUACACACACAUAUCCAGCAAAACCCUAACCCUAGAAUUCUCAACAUCUUGUCUGCUCUCUCUCUCUCUCUCUCUCUCUCUCUCUAUCGCACGAAGCCUCCAGUCGAAGAAACAACACAACCAUGGGUAAGGUUCACGGAUCGCUAGCUCGUGCCGGUAAGGUGAGAGGCCAAACUCCAAAAGUAGCCAAGCAGGACAAGAAGAAGAAGCCCCGCGGCCGUGCUCACAAGCGUAUGCAGUACAAUCGCCGCUUCGUCACCGCCGUUGUUGGCUUUGGAAAGAAGAGGGGACCCAACUCUUCUGAAAAGUAAGCUCACUGUAAUGAGAAUUAAGCUGAUGACUUAUGUACUUGUUUGCAGUUGUUGGCUUUGGAAAGAAGAGGGGACCCAACUCUUCUGAAAAGUAAGCUCACUGUAAUGAGAAUUAAGCUCAAGACAUGUGUACUUAAUGAACUAUUGGUUAUUAAUAUGUGAUAGUGUUCUUAAUUCCCAACUUUUGCUAUUGUUGCAAUUUUCUAUUUUUAGGCUC